ACUCAGAAGCCAUAAAUUUAUCAGUUAAUUUUUGCUGUUUUGGGAACUCAUGUGCAAUGAUCUCACACCGCAUAAAACGUUGUGUUGUAUUUUAUUCUCUUCCAUGACAAAAUUGGAAAUUCCAUCCAAUAGCAGCAUAGUUUAUCCUGAAUUUGGUUACCCAAUAACUGGGCUGAGUGAAGAAUUUUCACGUGGUGAAUUCUGGACGUACAUUGCUUAGAAUGUAAGGUCACCCAGAUUCCGAUUUUAGGUUUCUCUUUUUCACUUGCUUGUCGCUGUCAUAUUCUUGUCUUUCAAGGUUUGGAAUAUGCUAUUCUUUGCCAUCCAAACUAGCCUCAUUCUUGUGUUAUGGCUCCAAAAUAUAAAACGAGUUUUAGAAAAACGACCUCAAACUCGGAGUUGGUAGUUGCCUUGUGAUCAGAAGAAGACACUGUGAUGGAGGAAGAACCCAACUAUUCUUUGGAGUACACACCAACAUGGGUGGUUGCUUCUGUGUGCUUUUUCAUUGUUCUCAUUUCUCUUUGUGCUGAGCGUUCUCUUCAUUAUCUCGGAAAGUCCUUGAAGCGUAGAAAACAAGAGGCGCUUUUUGAAGCUUUGCAGAAGUUAAAAGAAGAAUUGAUGCUUUUAGGGUUCAUCUCCCUUCUUUUAACUGUCUUCCAAGGUUUAGUGAGCCAUAUAUGCAUCCCAACUGAUCUCGCAUCCUACAUGCUUCCAUGCAAAAGGGAAACUCCAGAGGCUGAACAUCAUGGGGACUACACUUCUAUCCAAGCUAUAUCUAAUAUUCAUCGUCGGCUUUUGUCCGAAGAUAGUAGUUUUUCAGGGCAUUGUCUGAAAAAGGGGAAGGCUCCAUUGUUAUCACUGGAAGCAUUACAUCAUCUACACAUUUUCAUCUUUGUACUCGCAGUGGUUCAUGUGAUCUUCUGUGUUACAACAAUGGCUCUCGGAGGGAUGAGGAUACGUGAGUGGAAGCACUGGGAGGAUUCAGUCAAGAGACCUGGAAAAGAUAGGGAUGAUGAUUUUCAUUCAAUACACCAUAAGGAAUUUAGACAAAGGGCAGCUGGACAAUGGAGAAAUGCUGCUGUAAUAAGUUGGAUAAUAUCAUUCUUCAAACAGUUCUAUGGCUCUGUCAGUAAAGCAGACUACAUUUCACUGCGACUAGGAUUUAUCAAGAAACAUUUCCCUCAUAAGCCUGACUUUGAUUUCCAUGAGUACAUCAUGCGAACACUUGAAGUUGAUUUCAAGAGAAUUGUUGGCAUAAGCUCGUACCUGUGGCUCUUCGUCGUGCUGUUUUUGCUGAUUAAUUUGAAAGGAUGGCACACCUACUUCUGGUUAGCCUUUUUGCCAUUGAUUCUUCUGCUUCUCGUGGGUGCUAAGCUCGAACACAUAAUCAACCAUUUGGCUAAGGAAGCUGAAGAGAAUAUUACGGAUCAUGAAGCACAACAGACUAGUGGAAAGAAGACCUCCAAGGAAUCCACAGGAGUGAAGCCUUCGGACAAACACUUUUGGUUUCAUAAACCUCGCCUUAUUCUGUUCUUGAUCCACUUCAUUUUGUUUCAGAAUUCAUUUGAGAUUGCAUUCUUUUUCUGGAUUUUGUGUACAUAUGGAUUCCAUUCUUGCAUCAUGGAAAAACUUGGCUUCAUCAUCACAAGACUUAUAAUGGGAGCGAUUGUUCAAGUUCUCUGCAGUUACAUUACCUUGCCUUUGUAUGCAUUAGUCACCCAGAUGGGAAGCACAUUCAAGGAAGGAAUGUUUGGUGCUGUAGUGGUAGAAGGAAUUGGAAGUUGGACAGAGAAUAUAAGAGGCCAACCACAAGUGAAUAAGAUGGAAAAACAAAUGUCCCAAAUUGUUCACACUUCAACUGCACAACAACCAUCUCAUCAUCAGGAAGCCACUGCCUCAGGAGAUGAGAUCACUCGUGUAGAUCAUCAUUAAAACAGAUUUUGAAUCAGGGAAAUUUAAUUUAUAUUAUCAACUCAGCAUAAUAUAUUUAAUGUAUUUUCAUUUCAUAUCAAAUACUUUUUUAACCACCAAUACUCUACUAAUUAGCCAAUGAUAUGUGAUUAUUAUUACCA